AUGUUUUCGGAAUAUGCGUCCAGGUUCCUGGCGCAGUCACAGUCGCGGCUCUCCAACUUCGCAGGCCAGCAGCCCGACGGCAACGAAAACCCACCACGACACCCGAACGACUGGUCAUCAUCACGGCCUCCACGAAAUGGCGGGCGCUCGUUUCUUGGCAGAGGCUACGCUGGAAACCCUUACCAACCGGGUGGCUCCCGCUUCGGGCAGUUAGGCUUCGCCUCCCGCAUGUCCGCCGCCCAGGAUGCGCCGCUGUUCCACAGCACGCUCGAUGAGUACAUGGAGGAAGACGACGAGGACGAGAGGGAUCGUGAAGCAGCGGAUAUGGCCGCCCUGCACAUGUCACGGCGCGUGGCUGCCGCGAGCAAAAUGGCAGAGAGCUCUGAGACGGAACCGGACGCCAGCCGCGGCUCGCUGGAACAGAGCAGCGAAACACCCGGACGGAGGUAUCAGGAUAGAGGGCUGAGGAGAGGUAUUCGCAGCAGCUGGAAUGGGGCUAGGAGUUUCGGUGGGAGGAAUCGCGGACGGGACGUCAUAGACGAAGAAGCAGAGGACAUUCCCCGCGAGGACUCCGACCGAACGUCGGACACCAAUCCUAAGAUGGUGGAUAUCGGACUAGACUCUCAGAUCCAGGACGACGACCCAUCUGCCUCUUUGCUGAACGAGGCAGUGACAGACUCAAGCCCGGCCCCGUUUCAGAAGUUCCAGCCUCGAUCCGGGGAUCGUAAAGUCCAGCUUAGGAGGGAAGCCACGCAGGAAGACGAGUUCGAUGAGGCGCGUAGGGCCAGUUCUGAUGACGAGACGCUGCCGGCUACCGUGCCUCUCAUCGAGGGGGAGAUCUUCAAGUACGACUCCUUUUUCGCAUGGAUAUUCCUGAUCGCGGUGGCUGGCUUGGUAUCUACAUUUGUGCUCGUCUGGCUUCACACUGGCACACCUAAGAAGGGCUGGGGCGACACCAUCUACACGACAUUACAAACAUCUUUCCACAUGCUGGCCGUCGAUACGCUUAUCUCCAUCAUCGUGUCACUCGUAUGGCUCGCGGCGCUGCGAUCAUUCGCCCGACCACUUGCGAUGCUGAUCCUCGUUGCGGUGCCCAUCAUCAUGUUCUCUUUCUCUUUGUACCCUUUCAUCUCCAGCUACGAGGGCUCAACACACGGAGCGAGCUUCCAAGACAGGGCCAUGCGAUGGGCUGCCCUGGUUCCUGCCAUAUCAGCGUUUGUCUGGGUCUACACGGCUUACAAGGGCCGUCACGCGAUCCGGCAAGCUGUCGAGAUUCUCGAGUUCUCGACUAGGAUCCUUGCCGCCAACCAGGCUCUGAUGCUCCUUGGUUUCGCUUGCCUUGCCGUCAUCGUGGUCUGGACGUGGGUUUGGAUGUGGAUGUUUUCGAGGAUCUUCUUGGGCGGAUACUUCUCGAGGAGACUGGCCAGGUUCAUCAUCAGCGUCUCUAGCUGGUGGCUCGGAAUUUGGUUCGUCCUGAUGUACAUGUGGACCAUCGGGGUGAUCAACUCAGUGCAGAGAGCGACGACGGCUGCGACGGUAUCUCAAUGGUAUUUCCACCGCAACGCGGCGCCUGCCCCGACGUCGAAGGAGAUUGUGACGGCGGCGUUCAACCACGCUUCGACGACCAUCUUUGGAAGUAUCUGCGAGUCAACGCUGCUGGCGCUGCUGAUCCGGGCGCCUCUUCUCGUGCUGCCUCGCAGGUUCGCUAACAUCCUCCAACAUGUUGCUGCCAUGUGGAUCCCGACCCCUAUCGCAGCGCUCACGAAUCCGAUGACCAUCACGUACGGUGCGAUCCACUCGCAGAACCUUCACACGGCUGCUCGAGGGUUGAGCCAGAUGGACUUCAUCUCGCCGCAGCGGCCAACCACGACCCUGACACCGCAAGUGUUCAGCUCACGGCGGUCCAGCCACUCUCCUCUACUUCCGUACCGUUUAGCGAAGAUGCUGCUGUACGCGACACGGUUCAUUAUGGCCACGGGGCUCGGUUUUGCGGGCUGGGUUAUCACGGCAAAGCAGGUCAGGAUCGCGCUGCCGGACGGCAUGGGAGUGCGAGGGUCGGCGUACGCAUACGUGGUUGGUCUUGUUGCCAGUUUCAUUGGGUUUUCGGUUAUGGGCGCAAUGGAAGGUAUUCUCAGCGGCAUCCUGGACGCGGUAGUCAUUUGCUACGGCAGCGAGCGGCGGAUGGCCAGCGGAGGGGGCGCCUACUGCAUGGAGGCGGCCUACCUAUUUGGGGAGCGGAAUAGGCGGGACGAACGGGGCCUGCCUUGA